AUGCGAACAUUUCAUACACCACUCUCAGUAAUUGAGUCUCUCUCACAGUCUCAAGGCGAUUCUCCAGCCAUAAGACACGUCAACUCGGAAUCCGUUAACAAUGAAUUCGAAACAGUUUCAUACGCAAAGCAUUGGCAGAACAUCAAUAUUGCUGCGCAAAAAUGGAUCGCAGAACUAUCGCAAGUAGGCAUUGCAAAAGGCGCUGUAGUCGGGCUUUGUAACGCAGCUGCUCUGCUAUACGACCCCGUUUGUGAGCCACUGGUGCAGGGAUGUCCUAUCCCCACAUUCUCUACUGGUAUAGUUUUGGGAAAAGAUUGCCCUGCGGACGUGCAACUCGGUACAACCACCUCUACCGAUGGCGACAAAGUCUUGGUUAUCUUUCAUACUUCAGGAUCAACUUCCGGGAUGCCGAAACUGGUUCCGCAGACAGUGCGAUGGAUGGACUGUUUGAUCCGAAAGCACAGACAUAUGAACUACAAACCUGCCUCUGUUGCAUCUUUUAUCAUUCCUUACCCGACUUCCGAGCUUGAACACAUGAUCUCCAAGGGAGGCCUAACCAUACUGAACACCUUUCCCGUUCUGCUGACUGCGAUGUUUCAAGAGGCACGUGAGAGACGCCCGUUCCUGAAAAUGCUCCAGAGCCUUGACAGUAUCAACUUUGCUGGCCAGGUCCUCGAACCCAAAGACGAGGCUUGGGCCCGCGAAAAUGGGCUGAAGCUGAUAAAUCUUUAUGGUUCAACAGAAAUUGGACUGUCAAUGAUGUCCUCGUCGACAUCGCCCCAUGUAUCGCCACUACCUGAGUCGGGGUGCCGGUUCGUCCCCUUGAGCGAAUCCGCAUCUUCGCCGAACCGGCUUUUUGAGCUUAUUGUUCCAGAAGAGGCAGACGAAUGCCCUCAUCACUCUCUGAGGGACAAAUCAGACGGCAUGUUUCAUACCGGCGAUCUCUUUGAACAAGUUGAUGUCGAUCAAUAUGUCUACAAAGGUAGAGUUGACGACAGAAUCAAGAUGCAGCUGGCUUUGGUCUGCGACGCAGGUUCUCUAGAGUCGGAAGCAAUGCAAGUAUGCGAGGGCGACCUCAUCAGUGCUGUAUCUGUCAUUGGUUCUGGACGUCCUGCGCCAGCCAUGGUGGUCGAGGCAAAGAAUGACGAUAUCUUGCAGGCGGACGACGAUACGUUGCUGGCACUCAAGCAGCAGAUCAUCCAGCGGAUUGCGCCGUUCCAUCAACGAAAAUAUCUCCAUGAGCGGAUUGACGAUGUGCGUCUCGUUUUCGUUGUAGCAAAGGGGACUUUACCAAGAACAGCAAAGGGCAACAUUAUGCGAAAGGCUGUGGAGGGGAUGUUCGCGAGGGAACUGGACCAGACCUACCAUGAUGUUUACUUGUCAAAGGCCGAGUAA